AUGACAAAAGAUUAUACUUGGUGGAAAGAUGCCACAAUUUAUCAAAUUUGGCCAGCUUCUUAUAAAGAUUCCAAUGGUGAUGGAUUUGGUGAUUUACAAGGUAUAAUUUCCAAGUUAGAUUAUGUGAAAGAUUUAGGAACUGAUGUUAUUUGGUUAUCACCAAUGUAUGAUUCACCACAAGAUGAUAUGGGUUAUGAUAUCAGUAAUUAUCAAGAUAUUUACCCCAAAUAUGGUACUAUGAAAGAUAUGGAUCAAUUAAUCGAAGGAUGUCAUUCCAGGGGAAUUAAGUUAAUUUUGGAUUUGGUUAUCAAUCAUACUUCAAGUGAACAUGAAUGGUUCAAGGAAUCAAGAUCUUCUUUAGAUAAUCCAAAAAGAGAUUGGUAUAUCUGGAAGAAACCAAAAUAUGAUGCUGAUGGAAAUAGAAAACCUCCAAAUAAUUGGUGUUCAUAUUUCUCCGGUAGUGCUUGGGAAUGGGAUGAAAAGACCCAAGAAUAUUAUCUUAGAUUAUUCGCCCCAACUCAACCAGAUUUAAAUUGGGAAAAUGAAGAAUGUAGAAAUGCUAUUUAUGAUACUGCUUUGAAAUUUUGGUUUGAAAAAGGUAUUGAUGGUUUCAGAAUUGAUACUGCUGGUUUAUAUUCAAAAGACCAAAGAUUUUUGGAUGCACCAAUUGUAGUUCCUGGUAAUGAAUUUCAACCUUCGUAUAAAUAUUCAUCGAAUGGUCCAAGAAUUCAUGAAUUCCACAAAGAAAUGUUUUCUAAAGUCACUUCCCAUUAUGAUGCUAUGACUGUUGGUGAAGUUGGUGACUGUUCACGUGAAGAUGCUUUGAAAUAUGUCAGUGCCAAAGAAAAAGAAAUGAGUAUGAUCUUCUUAUUCGAUAUAGUAAUGUUAGGUACAACUGAAGGUGAUAAAUAUAAUUUUGUAGGAUACGAUUUGAAACAAUUCAAAGAUGCUGUUAAGAAUCAAGCAGAUUUUAUCAAAGGCACUGAUGCAUGGUCAACAGUUUUCAUUGAAAAUCAUGAUCAAGCAAGAAGUCCUAGUAGAUUUGGUAAUGCCAAAACUAUAAAAUCUUCUUUCAAAUCAUCAAAAUUGAUCGCUUUAUUACAAGCCACUUUAACAGGAACAUUGUUUAUCUACCAAGGUCAAGAAAUUGGUAUGAAUAAUUUACCAAGAUCUUGGGAUAUCAAGGAAUAUAAAGAUAUUGAAAGUAUCAAUGCUUAUAAUGAAUUUGUUGCCAAACAUAAUAUUACCGAUAAAAAUGACCCUAAAUUGAUCAAAUUUAUGGAUGCUGUAGACACAGUGGCUAGAGAUCAUGCAAGAUCACCAGUUCAAUGGGAUUCUACCGAACAUGGAGGUUUCACUACAGGUGAUCCAUGGAUGAGAGUCAAUGACAAUUAUCCUGAAAUUAAUGUUGAAUCUCAAAUUAAUGAUGCUAAUUCAGUGUUAUCAUUCUAUAAAAGAGCUCUUAAGAUGAGAAAAAAUCAUAAAGAUUUAUUCAUCUAUGGUCAAUUUGAAAUUCUCGAUUAUGACAAUGAAAAAGUUUUCACAUAUGUCAAAGAAAUCGAUGGAACAAAAGCUUAUAUUGUGUUAAAUUUUAGUGAUGAAACUAUCAAAUUUGAACCUUUAGAAAAGAACUUGAAGUUAUUAGAAGCUAAUGUCGACAAUGUCACAGAAAACUUGACUCCUUGGGAAGGAAGAGUUUAUUUAGUUGAAUAG